GUGGACAUUUGUACAACUGUACUAAAAUGACUUUUACUUGGAAAAAAUGUCUAAACUAUCAAUCAGACAACAGAAGGCAUGUAGUAGAUUGUGUGCAUGUAUUCCAGCAAAGUUUUUAUCAUGUUGGUCAUUUAGAGGCCUUAGAAAUGUAACAAUCAAGGAUGAAACAGCAAGCUUUCUAGGUUAAAACUGACAGUAAUGAACCCUCUCCCUUCCUCUGUUCCAGGUAUCUUUAUUGUCCAUGCUUUUGACUCUUGCCAUCCUCAUCACAGUGGUUGUGAGAGCAGCGACACUAGGACCACAGAUACCUGCGUCAGAUGAUGCAUGGGUGUUUGCACGGUGGAAUGCAAUUCAGGCAGUUGCCGUCAUGUGUUUCGGUGAGGUUUUACUUUCAGUAAACAUAUUUCAAUUAAAGUACCUUUUUCAAUCCAAACUUUGGCGUGUUUCAUAUUUUUCAGCUUUUAUCUGCCACCACAACAGCUUUAUGAUCUACGGGUCGCUGCGGGAGCCCACACUGAGCAGCUGGUCUCUUGUCACUCAUGUAUCUGUGGGUUCAGCUGUACUGGUCAGUGUUGUCUUUGCUGCUGCAGGUUAUGUGACUUUUACUGGUUAUACACAAGGUGAUAUAUUCGAGAACUACUGCAGGAAUGAUAACUUGGCUACAUUCGGUCGAUUCUGCUAUGGGGUCAGUAUAAUCACCACGUUCCCUCUGGAGUGCUUUGUAACCCGUGAGGUGAUCUCUAAUGUGUUUUUUAAAGGAGAGCUCAGUAACACCAUGCAUGUCAUCAUUACCUUUGUGAUCGUAUCAGCGGCGACGGUCAUAUCGCUCUCUUAUGACUGUCUGGGUAUUGUACUGGAACUGAAUGGGGUUUUGAGCGCCAUACCCCUCAUGUUCAUCUUCCCCGCCGCCUGUUUCCUGAAGCUCUCGGACGGCCGCUGGUUUCGUGGUGAAAACCUCAUCCCCAGCAUCAUCCUGGCGGCAGGUGUUUUCGUGAUGAUUAUCGGUUUGAUCAUGAUGGUGCUCUUCCCUCAGGACUGUUCACACGGAGCAGAGUUGUUCUACUGCACCGUCUCCAACACCUCCGUUCCCAGCACCACUUCACCGAACAGCAGGCUGCAGUUUAUUAACGCCACACAGAAUGUCAGCAUUUUCUGACUGACAUUAACUUUGUCAUUUUCACUGGAAUCUUUUCAUAUGCCGUUUUCUAGUGAUAAAUUGUUGAUGCAAUUGGUGUAUUAAAGAAAUGACA